GCUCGAGUAACAUAUUUAUAGUCGCCACGGACGUGGCAUCACCACAUGCAAAUUUAAAAUGAUUAAAUAAAAAAACAAUAGAUUGUUAUUUUUUGUUGUCCAUAUGAGACGUCGUUAUAAUCUCUGACUUAUCGAUGUUGAUUUUGUCCAAGCUAAUAAAUAUUCUUGUGCUCUAUUCGGAACUAGCAAACAGAAAAGGCACCAUACUUUUGACAUUUCUGAAACUCUUGACUGAUGUAUUAAAUAAGUACAUAUAUUAGUUUAACGUCAAUCAACGUUUUUGAUAGUCAGAGUACUUACCGUACUAAACUGGUUGUUGAGUAAAUUUCACAUUUACAAGUGAAACAUAUUCUUCUAAUUAGGGUUAAAGAAUGUCUGUUAUUAAAUCUGAAUUUCCAAAGUUACGAAUAGUUUUCAAAUAAAUAUUGUUCAGUCAACCAUUUUGUUUGGUUUUACGAAUAUAUAAUUAAAAUAAUUUAAUGUUCAACAUGCUUUAAAUUCACAAGAAUAAAUGUAAAAAAAUACUAAAUCUGUGACAAAAUUUAAACCAAGACAUAAUUAAAAGGGUGGAAAAUGAAUUUUCUUUUGAAUAAGAUUUGACAAGGUCGACUCUAUAUGAAGACAGCUCAUUUUAGCAUUAUAUAUAAUUGUCAUGAGCAUGUAGGCUAACCCGCUGGUGCAAAGCUUGCAUGCGAGACUCGUUUUUAAGCGCAUUGGAAAACUAAAGCCUAAACCUAUCCCAGGCACGACGGGUUGGAUGAGACAAACCGGCUUCAGCAAGAUAAGGGGGGUGAUUGAUUGGCUGUAGAAAGUUACUUUUUUUUUUUUUUGGUCAAAUCUGUAGAAAGUUACUUUAGUUUUAAUUUUCAUCUACAACGUUAAAUACUACCAAUCAUACUUUAUCUUGGUUUUUAAAAGUACAACAAAAAAACUAAAGGUACAGCAAAAACACACAAAAAAUGGUCGUAAAAAAAUUAUUUUCUAAAACCUCAUCUUUUUAGCUGUAUGAAAUUUUAAAACUACAUUUCUUAAAGUUAAAUCAAAAAUCUCUAAGGGGGGUGUUGUUAAUGUAAGUUAUUUGUACUUGAACUCGACUUAUUCAAAUGUAGUAAAUGUAGAUGCGGUAGUCGCCUUUAGACCGUCUCCAAUAUAUUUUGCUAUUUUAACCUUUAAAAUAGAAUUUCUCUAUUUUAGAGGUGGGAUAUGCUACAAUGUAUUUUUCUAAAAUAGUAAUCUCUAAAUAUAGAGCAAAAAAUAGAAGGAUGAUAUUUAUUCCUCUAUAAAUAGAAGAGAAAAUAAAGAUCUCUAUUAUAGAAGAAGAAAUAGAGAUGGGUUGGAGCAAUUUCACCUCUAAAUACUAUUAUACAGAUGAAAAUAGUAAUGAGUUGAAAAUGCUCUUACAAGCAGUAAUCAAUGGCUAAUAUGGCCAUUUGGUUGAAAAUAAUUGCAUUUAACUGGUUGGGUAAUAGUUAAAGAUUGAAUUAGAUAAAUGAUUAUAAUAUUUAAUUUAUAAAAAAAAAUGUUAUUAGAAUUUAAAAUCAUAACAAUAUUUUUGAAAAUAUAUUUAGAACACUUUCUAUUUAUACAUUAAAUAAAACUUCUUGUGGUUAAUAAUAUCAUAUGACUAAAUAUAUAAGGUUUUGACACAAUAGUAUUCGAUUCAAGAUAUAUUUUUUCAUUAUUAUUAAAUGGAAAUUAACCUAGUUAAGGACGAAUUUAUAUAUAGAAGGAUAGUGUUUGUCCGCUACACAAUUUCUUUUGUCACACCGCUACGCAAAUAUAUUAGGGAUGGAUCGGAGUUGUUUUUACUUAGAACAAUUUAGAGUAUUAAGAAUUAAUAAAAAGCGAGUUUAUGAUUAUUAUUAAACAUAUGUAACUGCAAACGUCCGAAAAUAUUGUGUUUGUGAAUUGUUGUAUAUGGAGACUUGAUUUUUUUGUCAAAAAAGUUAAAUUAAAUUAUAAACGUAACAAAUUUUUAUUCUUAAGAUAUAUAAUGUAUUCAUAUAAUCUUAAGUCUGAUUACAAAUUCAACAACCAAACGAACAUACCUAAUAUCAUUAUAUAUUUAAGAAUGAUAUAGUAUUUUAUAGCCAUCCUUUUCUCUUAGCUAGGAAACAUUAAUUGCAUCAACGUUUAGAAAGUAUCAGCACCCAUGAGGUUUUUGCGAUACGCAGCUGCAUGCGCUAGCUGGAGAUAACAUCUGCCUCACUUCCUCAGCCUUGAGAUGGGGACCCAACAUUCUCAAAGACAACUAGUAAUUUACAUCUACACAUAUAAACAACAUGGUUAGUGUAAAAUAAGAACAGUUAAUUAAUAAAACAAUAAUUUGUAUAUAUAAAGAAAAAACUAGAAGUAUAUAUAUAAUGGAUUACGUACCCACAAAAGUUUGAGACUGUGCCAAAUACGAAGAGGAAAAGGAAACGGAUAGAGUAAAGAGCCAACAGAGAAUAGGCUCAUGGAAAAAAAUUGGCAGAUGAGGGAGAGUGGUCGCGGGUUCAUGCCACCGAGCAAACCCAUCGUCUCUGACUUGGCAAAGCCUCCACCACAAAGGUAAUCAAAGUAACCCUUCGCAUUGCCUCUUUUGCUUCGUCAGUAGAUGCAACCAACAGCUGAGAAAAUGCGCUUAGUGGCGGAGGUAGAAAGGUAGAAAUUAUUUUUAUAGGGGUCACUAGAAACAAAUUUGAUAGAUAGAACCAAAUAAAAAAAAUACGAGGUACAUUUGAAAUAUUAAACAUAUAUUUACCGGUGUCAAACACUAAUUUUAACUAAAUAUUUCACCAAAUUAACUCAAAAUAAAACUAAAAAUUAAAAAUAUAUAUAGAUUUGAUAUGGGUCAAAUUAAUGACCCCUCUAACCCUUCACUACCUCCGCCACUGAAUGCACUCCCCAAGGUUUUCACAGUUGAAGCCAUUGGCUUCACUAUACAACAUUUAUACAAUACGUUUUCUUUUAGGAUUGUUAAAAGUCAUAGAUUCUAAACGUUCAUGGUGUAUAACAAUGAUUUAACAAGCCAUAUUCAUAGUAUAAGUUGCACAUAUAUAAUUACGUUAUGGAUAUUGUAAACGGAUUUGAGGAUUUCUGAGACUUUGUUAGAAUCACUAAGGUUACUGAAUGGCUUGAGAAGACGAUGUAGAAUGAGAACAUCAGACAUUAAAACCAUCAUCCAGACGCAUUAAUUACUGGAUGACGCAUGUUAAAUGCAUCUCCUAGAACAAUCACUCCUUUCUUGUUGCUCAAUAUCGCUGACAUGUUCUUUGUUGCUACAACUUUCACUUCUUUUUUUUUGAAUUAUACAUGGGUAUCCUAGCUCCAUAGAAGUGGUACAGACUAGUCACGUGUUGCCACAUGUCGAUCAUUAUGUCUCUUGCGAUGCCGAAAUGUUAAUUCUCCUGAAAAGUUUUUAAAAAACUUUCACUUUUGCUCCCUCGUUGAUCCCUUUCAUUAAUAUUUCAUGUAGUUUUGGAGGUAUCUGCAUUUAGAAUGAAAUAUAAUCUCUUGAAUCUAGAGUUUCAAUACUGUAAUAUUUUCAGAUCACACAUAUGUCUCUACAAUUCAAAAAAGAAAUCAUGUCAAAUGCCAAAAUUCCACUUGGAUGAAAAUCUAAUGUGAGUAUGCAUAACUUACGUUACAGGAACAAUUUAAAAAAAAAUUAUCGAAGAAUGAAGAUUUAAACACACUUUUCUAUUCAUUUUUUCAAAGACAUAUCUGAGGAGCUAUAGUUUUCUUGAAGAAAGUAGCCAUUUCACCAUUUGAGAUAGAAGGAACAUUAUCAGGAAAAAACUAAGUAAUACAACGAACUUCAGUGCUGCUAUUUUAAUAUAAUACUAGAGCUUGACACGCACGUACGUGCGGAUAAAAUUAAAUUUAUAAAUGAAUAGUUUUAAUAUAAUCGUAAAUAUUUUAAAUAUAUGAUUUACAUUUUAAUAUUUUAUAUAAUUUAAAUUUAUAAUCUUAUUUUUAUGUUUUUUAUUUGACAUUAUCAAUAUAUAAAGAUUUAUUUUAUUCAUUUUACUUUGUUAUUACUUAUUAUUACAUAGUAAUAUAAUAUUAAGUUUGGUAUAAUAAAUUCAUAAUCAUAAAUAAUCAAAUAUAAUCCCUUCAAAAUAUAUAUUUUUUUAUUUCUACAAUUUGCAUGAAAAAUAUUUUUUUAAAUUUAUAUAGUUAUACUAUAGAACAUAUAUUUGUUCAAGAUCAUUUAUAUUUCCUUGUUGUGCUUAAAAAAAAUAUCCUUUAGCAUCAAUAAUUUUAGUAUAUAGCAUGAUUUAUAAGUAAAUAAUUUUUUAUGUUUAAAUAAUUUAGACUUGUUAUUUUAGUAGAUUUUAUACAUACUUUACGAAAUUUUACCCGCUUUAAUGGUGAAUGAUAUUAUUUUAAAUGAAUUUAAAAUAAUACGUUCAUUUAUAAAUUUAAUAGAGUUUUAUAUUUAAUUCAUAUAGUCAUUCUUUUUUAUAUAAUAUAGGCUGUAAUUAAAAGUUUAUGAAAAUAACAUACAAUUGUUUUUUAUUUUAUAAGAAAAUAUUAAUUAACAUUAAUUUGUAAUAAUAUUAUACUACUAAUUACGAAAUUAAUUAAUGCAUUAUUUUAUAAAAAUAUUUUUAAAAAUUUAUUAAGAUUUUGUUAGAUUUUUUUUGUCAACAGAAUUUUUAUAGUUAAUAAUAAAAUUAUGAUAUUCUUACAGGUGAAGUUGUUAUAUGUGUUGAUUAUAUAAAAUUUAACUAGAUUUUGACCCGCGCUUCGAAAGCGCGGGUUUAUCUUCGAAAAAAUAUUGUUUUAAAUGAAGUUUUAUAAGAUGAUGUGUAUGAACAUACUCAUUUGUACGGAAUAUCGAUUAAGAAAGAAAAUUUUAAAAGGUUUAUAUACGGAGUCGAGCUAACGUGUUUUAAUGCGGUGUUCGGUUUGAAAAUGAAAUUUGUAUAUUUAGUUUUAAAAAUAUUAGUAAACCAAACUAAAAAUAUAUAUGUCAACAAUUCCACUUACAAAUAAUUUUCCUUCAUAUUAAUUAUCAAAAUACAGAAAACAAAUACCAAUAAUAUAAAAUUUUAUUUGUUUUUUAUUAAGAAUAUAAAAUUUUAACAACAAAAAAUAUUGUUAGAUGUUUAACUAUUAUGAGAUGGGCUUAAGAAGAUCCGAUAUGAUUUUCUAGUUAGAGGUAUAAGGAAUAUUAUUGGAAUAUAAAUUAGUAGGAGUUAAUUUUUAUCCAGUUAAAGUAGGUAACAUAUAUUUUUUGCACACAAAGUUAUCACAUAUUGUAGUUAAUACGAAGUGUCUAUAUCAAGUAUUCUAAAAUUUCAGAUUUUAUGUAUUUAAAAUCAUAUCAAACAGAUUAUUUUGAAAAUCCAGUCAGUUAAAGUACGUUAGAGAAAUUUAUGCUAGCAAAUAAAUAAUUUAUGGUCAUGAAUACAAAAUUUGAAAAUAAAUAAAAUAAUUCUUAAAUCCUUUUUAAAAGUAAUAACAAUAGUUGGUUACAUAUUCUAACAAUAGUCAGGAAAACGUGGUUAUUAUAAAAUUGAUCUGAUUUAUUAAAAACAGACUUUAAUUUUGAUAGAUAAGAAUGAAAUAAUAAAUUAUGGACUGGGUAUAUAACGAUUUAAGCACUAAUAUUUUGGCAGAUUGAGAAUGAAUAUGUUCUUUCAUAGCGGUUAGGGUAUAAUCUGUUCUCUCAAUUGAAUGAGAGUAUUGACAUCUUGUCGUGUGUGUCUAGGAGAGGAAUAAAUGUGAUAUGAUCAUUGUACUAAUCUAUGAAUAACAUAUUCAUUCACUCAAUGAAUGAACUAUAUAGUGUAUUAGUUUCGUGUGUAUAACAUGUAUUGUGUUCUACUUUAUCGUGUAGAACAUGUUUUGGUCUGGCAAAUAUCAAGUUGGUAUAUUAGUGGGUUAUAUGUGGCGAAAGAAAUAUAGUUAGGUAAACAUACGGAUAUAAUUUGUUAUUGGGCUAAUAGAUUGUAAGACCAAAUAAGUGUUACUUAAAUGAAAUAGUGCAGUAACUUUUUAUAAGUAGAUUUCUCAAGACUGCUUCCCUUUUAAUAGAAUAGAUAUCUUAAUGAUGCCUAAAUAUCAAUAGAAAUAAAAUGAAAUAAUUUUUUAGACAAGGUCUAUUUUAAAAGAAAUCUCACAUGAAGAGAAAUUGUGACAUCUAUUUUAAUAGAAUAGAUGUAUAUUGUGCGUUAUGGUGAAACCAAGAAAAUAUGAAAUAUUACGAUUUUAUAGUUGUUGGAAUAUUUUUUAUUGUUUAGUGGUUAUGAUUUGGAAAUCAAAUUGUUUGUUCCCCAAUUGAAGGGGAAAUCGAGUUUACAAAGUUAUUAAGUUUUAUAUUUAUUGCCAGUAUCUAUAGCUGAUUUAGCCCGAGGAAAAUCGAGUUUAUAAAAAAUUAGUAGAUUUUAUAUUUACUGCCAGAAUUUUUUUUUUUUUGAAACAUUACUUUCAUUCAUUCGUUCAUAGGUUAGUUACUAGCCAUAAAGGCCAGAGAAUAAUUUCCUAAAUUGAGCAUAUAAUAAUUUGCCAAUAUUUAUGAGCAACAGUUAUGAGUAAGAUAAUAUUGUAAGAAUGUACGUAUUAUCUGUGAAUACAAAAUGGUUGAACUGUUACGAAGAAGGGUUUAUGUAACGUUGUCGUUGGUGCAUGGUAAGUCCAGUAAUGCUGUUUAUCAUAAUAUAAUCUCUCUUUGUAGUUAAAGUUAUGAUUCAUGAUGUAUAAUAUGUAUCAUAAUGCAUAAUGAUGAUAGAUGAAUGUGAGGAGAAAUGUAAACGGUGAGAGUUAUUGUUUACGUACAAUAUAUUUUAGGGGAGUUUUUAAUGCUCAAAAAGACAAGCAUUAGUUAACAAUUUUGGAAAGGAAAUUAUUCAAUGCUCGUAAAGACACACAUAAGUUAAUGAAUUGUUUAAUUAAUUCUACAGUGGCAUUUGAUUGUAAAUAAUUUGCAAGUUUAAGGGUGAAGUUUAUUUUCUACUUCAGUUUUAAUAGAUUAAAUUGUGAAGGAUGGCUAAUUGAUCCUAGGUGCUACAAAGUUAUUAUCCUAAGAGCGUAACACAUUGCAUGAACCGAGAGUUUGAAUACUUUCCGACAAUUGUUAAAAGGUGGGCCGAUCAUUUGUUAGACUCAUCAUGAUAACCAUUUGGGUCGAAAUCCAAGCCCAAACUGUCUAAAUAGCGAUACUUAGGACCAAAACUGUGCGAGGAUUUUUUACUGCCCUAAACACAAUUAAAAAAAUUUACAAAAAAUUUGAUAUUUGAUUAUAAGUAAACUUAUACAGAAAUUAAUUUAUAAAAAAAUGUUUGUUGACAUAAUAGUAAACUAUUCAUAAGAAUACAACAAAAAUAUAAAUUUAUAUAUAGAAUUAUGAUCCAUAAUGCAGUAAUAAUUUAUCUAAAGUUAUGUAGUAUAACUUUGUUUUUUUUUUUUUUUGAUCAACUUAGUAUUAUAACUUUGUUAAGUAAGUAAAAAUGGAACAAAAGUUAGCUGCCAAUGCUAUAUACGAAGUUAAUGAAAAUAUAAUUUACUUUCGUAAAGUUAAAUAUAAACAAGUGAAGUAUUAGAAAUAAACAAUAAUUUUGUAAGAAGAAACAAAGAUUUAAACCAUAUGAAAAAGUAUUUGUAAAUAUGCCUCUAAAGUUUAUUUGAAAUUAAAUUGAUGCCCUAAGCCAUUGUUUAUUUAGCGAUGGAUUUAAAAAAGCCAACCUUGGCUUCGUAGUUUCAGACUUGUUUGUCUGGCCGUGGUGGUUCUUGCAACUCUACAGCUCAUUAUGGUUGCGGAGUUCCUCACAAUUUCAAGGCUCAUCAAGAUGGUGCUUGAUCACCUCUGUAGCCAAGUUUCUUGCUGCUCUCUAUGCAUUUGUUGCUGCAGGUUCGGGUAACAGUUCACUGAACGUGUUCUCUGAUUCCCGUGGCUUCAUCUCACUCAGUAGCAUUCAUGGUGUUUCACUUUUAAGUUGCUUGUGUGUUAUGUUUGCUUUUAUCUAUGUUUGUGUUAUCCGUUUUGCUUUUGCAGCGGUUUAUUUAGCUAAUGUGGCUGUGUUAUUGUUUCUGUUGAACAAUUCCUCCAUUGAUGGAGUCUAAGUUUUAUUAAUGAAAGUUGGUUUGAACAAAAAAGCCAUUGUUUAUUUUUCAACCAUAUAGGCACGGCUCUGCUUAGGACCAACAUGGAUUCACGCCGAACCUCGAAAGAGUACCACCAGAUUACCACCACUUUGUUAAGUAACAUUAUUUCAGAAAAUUGAGUAUCUUGGUCUUGACUUGAUAACAUAUAGUAUUUUGAAAUGGAUUAUAUGAUAAGUUACUGAAAAUGAAUAUGAUAAGUUUUAUUUUUUAUUUUCAAUCAUAUUAAUUUUAAUUAUAAAUUAUGUAAAAUGAUAUUAGUUUUAAUUAUGAAUUAUAUAAAUUUAAGUAUUGAGAUUUUAAAAGAGUAUAAUGGUUAAUCAUAUACACACACUUUUAUAUCUGUUUUCUACUUUAAAAAAAAAAAUCGACGCUUCUAUUUCACGCACUACUUCUUGUUUUCUGCAGUUUAUGUUUGAACUUGGAUGGUGAAAAAGAUACUAACAAAAACGUUAUAUCCUAGCAAUCCAAUGGAUAUUUCUAAAGAAAUUUCAUACCAACGUGAUAGUAUUAUAUUAUAUAUAAGAUUCUUAAGUCCUAAGUCUUAGUCUUAGUCGUAGUCUCGAUCUACGGUAUGUGAAUAUUACUGGUCUGACGGCCAAUUCAUAAUACUGGAUCAUUUUAGAGUUGUUGGUUGGUAUGUAUUACAUUUAAGCAUGCAGGUCAUUUAGAAAUCACAAAUUCUUCUUCAGUAGACUAUUCAUUUCAAAAUUAUUUUAUUUAUUGUAUUGAUGUAUUUUUACCAACAAAAUGAAAUAAAAAGAGUAAGAACAAGAUGAAAUUUCUCAUUUGAGAAUUUUCAAAAACUCUAUGAAAACUCCAAUAGUUUUUCUCUUUUAUUCAUUGGCUUGUCUUUUAUUUUAAAUUAAAUAACUCAAAAAUUAAAAUAUUAUGAUUUUUUUGUAUGAGAGAUAUUAUAAUAGUAGUUUAGAGCUCUAUUAUCUUGUUAAAAAGAGUGGUAUAUUAGAAUUUUAAUGUAAAUUAUACUUACUUUCUGUUUGAUAUUAAUUACAAAUUGCAUUAAUUUUAUAAAUAAUUUUAUUUAUUUUAAAUACUACAGGAGAAAUCAGUGUAAAUAAUAAGGACACAAAUGUAUUAUUAUUAUUAUUACUAUUAUUUAUAAGUGUGUCAAAUUAAAGUGACAUUUUGUGAAACCGGUCUAUAGUUUUAUAUAUAUAUAUGUGUGUGUGAUUUUGCUGAUUUGUUGGAUUCUCCCUAAAUUUAAGAUUAUAAUUAAUUAAUUUUAAUAAACAUUUCUAAUAUUAUUCUUAAUGAUAUUCAUAUGUUUUGAUUAAAGUGAGUCUCAGUUAGACAACUCAACUGAACCAAAACCAUUAACAAGAGUUAUAAAGUUACACAGCGCCAUUGACUAGCUCUGCCAUGAGCAUACUGAUGUAAAUUUGUAUGUUUCAACAUCCGAUUGGCAGCUACAAUCAUAGCAGAAAUGUUCUCAAGUCAUAAAUUUUCAUGAAACUUCAAAAAAGAACUUUGCUUUAAAACACCUAGCUUUAAAACACAUAGCAGAAAUGUUCUCAAGUCACGAAAUUUCCAUGUGUGCAUGUCAAAGAAGAGGCCGCCACAAGCCUGGUCAACCCUGUUACACCUAGCUUGGAUCCUGAUUAUCAUAUUGUAAAUAUCAUUCCUCUCACAGUAAUUCUUCUAAUUCUUUACCGAAUUGAAAACAUCUACACAAAAAUUAGUGCAUCCUCUCUUACUAGGCUCCUACAAAUUUUGAAAUCCACACUCAAAUAAAUUCAAUUUCAAAACUUCAAGGAUCAGCUCAUUAGUUUUAAUAAACAAUGAUUUUGCUGAUGAUCUGGUCAUUAUAUUCAGAAUAACUAAUAAUGUAUUUUUUUUUAACACUAUAACUAAUAAUGUAUAUUAAUAAUUUUUAAUGCUAAUAUCAUAAUACAUUUUAUUUUAUAUUUAGGUUAGUAGUAUUAAAACAAUUUUAUCUCAAUAUAUAUAUUUGUCAUUAUACUAUCUACAAGUAAUACAUGUUUUGUAAUUUAUUAUUUUUCUUUGUUACAGUUUCUAUAUAAAUAAUGUUUAUUGUCUAUUGUUAUUUUGUUGACUUUUGACUGUUUAAAAUGUAUUCAAUAUCACUGAAUUUUUCAUAUCCACAACUGACAUAAAUGCUUGAUUUCAAAUUUAAAUUGCCUAAUGAUGGUUUUGUUAUUAGUAGAAAAGAUUUUUUAUCCAAAAUAUACAACCCCUAAAUAAAAAAUUAAACAAAAAACAGAUUGCAUCAAUUAUCAAUAUAGAUAUUGAAGUUAGAUAAUUAUAAUAUUAACUUAAAAUUUAUAUUUAAUUUUAUAACUAGAUUUAAAUAAAAAUUAAUAUUAAUAUCAAAACACUUGAAUAUAUGUAUUAGUCCGCACUUUUUUUUACCGAUCAAUGAGUUAUUUAUCAUACUUUUAAGAACACGAAUCUGACAUCAUCCACGAAGCCGUAACGUUAAAGGUGGAAUUUGUUUUAGUUGCGUAAACUAUGAGUUAAAGGCCAAUGCAGUCUGUCACUCGUCGUUCCGUGGUCCAUAAAAAUUAUUUUGCCAUGAAUUUAUGAGGAGGUUAAACUCAGUUUCUUGGCUGAUUCCCCCUGAACACGUCAAUAUAAAUCUCACCACAAAAGUUUCAAUUAUUGAGACGAUUAAGCCUAUCAAUUCAUGAAUUUAUCCUCUUCGAAAUUCUUUCUCCAAGAAAAUUAAAGUGGAUCAAAAGCGGACGCUGAAUUUUUCAACAAUUAUUCUAGUUCGUAAAAACUAUUUUCAAAAUGGUGUUCAAGAUUUGAACAUGCAACUUUGAAAUUUACGAGAGCAUUAAACAAACUCAAUUACGACAUUAUAUGCCACAAAACCAGUUUAAAAAUUAAGAACUAAGUAUAAACUUAGAGGCCGCAACCCGCAAGUAUAAUUUUCAUAUGCUUACCCCCAAAGGUCGGUUUGUAGACAUCCUAUCUAUGUUAUAUUCUGUGACAUACUGCCACAAAUUCUUUGAAAGCCGUACGCUUUCUGAAGGAACUACUCUCGGAGAAUAUGUACUGUGUAGGGUUACUUUAUAUCCAGCCAAAAUGUAAGUGUCCUUUUAAAAAUGAUAGAAGAUUCUGAGUUGAAGCUCUUACAUCCUUUAUUAUAAUUCAUUUUCAUUGGUCUUUUGAUGUCUAAUUAAGCUUAUGUCUUGAUAUUUUUGCAACUCUACUAGUGGCCCUUGGUAGUUUCUAGUUGUAGAUAUGUUGUCUAAAUCUUUAAUCCGUAGGAUCAAUUCUUAUAAGGGAUUGUAUUUAAUAUUCAAUGGCCGAUGUGACGAGGACAUGAUCAUUUUUUUCUAUACGGGAUUGUAUCUAAUCUGAUAAUGAAUAUUGGCAAGGAUCUAAAUAUACGAUGUAACUUGUGAGUUAGAAAGAAACUUUCUUAACUUUUACUAGUCCAAAUAAUCAAGUUGACGGAAAGCCCAUCAUAGGAACACCUUUCUUGACCCAUUAGCCCAUUAAGUUCAGGAUAAAUACAAGGAGCUUUUAUUCGUCAGAAAGAAAACAGAGAAAAUCAAUUAACUCACUCAAGAAUCGUAUAGGAAGCAGAAGAUGAAGAGAAUUCCUCGUAUCAAGUUUCCUCAGAGACACUCUCCUUCUUCCUCAUCUGCUAUAUCCUCAGGUCCUGGACCAACGUCGGGAUCUGUCUCCGGCGGCAACAAAAAUAUCACGGCGAGUUCAGAUGUCCCGGCAGCUCCGAAGAACACUGCUGUUGGAGGAAAAGCAUCUUUGCAGCCGAAACGCACACCUGUCUCCGACAAGGAAAUCGAGUCUAUAAUGUUGGGAGGAUGCAUCUGACAUUUGACGAUUGGAUCUUGGAGCUCCUGUCUUUUCCUGCUGGUGAAGUUCAUUAUGCUUUGUUCUUUCUUUUUAAUGUAAAGAAAGAACUAAUAAUAAUAUAGAGAGAUGGUUUUGUCUGAAUGAUGCUCUUUCUCGUUGUCAGAACAGAGAGUUCUAAAAUUAUUGUUUUCAUGGCUCAUUUUUUAUUAGGAAAGUUGCACUACAGUUA